ACGAUCAAUAAUAGCACAAAGGAUAUUGCUAUCACAUUGACUUUAGAGUGGUGUGAGUGAGAAAAGAAAGAUGAAAAAUCUAAGCCUGAAACCAGAGCUGCACCUCCACAUCCCAAACCCCCCCUCUGCUUCAUUUGCCAAAUUAUCAGUAUCAUGUCGGAAAAGCCUCAAACACCCACCUUCGAAAUUUACACUCACUCUGAGAGAACAAACUCCAAUUCGUGCAAUUAACCUCAACCUGAAGAGGCACCCAUCAAUGAAACCUCAAAAUGGGCAUUCCAAGAUUGUGAUAAUGGGAGCUGUGUCAGUGGGAAUUUUGGUGGCGCUUCUGAGUGGGAUGGAUGAGCAAAAGGCCUGGGCUUUGGGCCCAGAAGGCCCACUUGUGGAAGAGUUUUGGGACAACGUGAGGAGAUAUGGACUCUACGCUCUCACUGUGAGCACAGGUGCCCUUUACACCAUAUUUCGCCCUAUAGUGGACCUUCUCAAGAACCCCAUUUCCGCCAUUCUCAUCCUUGCUCUUUUCGGGGGCAGCUUCUACCUUGUUUCUCAGGUGCUUUCUGCCAUGUUUGGUGUUUCUGAUUUUACUUAUGAUUUUGGAUACUAGCUGCUGCUACUACCAAAGUAAAGCCAUCAUCUAUACUUUCAUAUUCCUUUUCCCCUUCUUAUAAUCUUAUUGGUUGCUCCAUGCUUCGUAAUUAUCCUCUGCACCCUGUUUAACAUUUUAGGUAGCUAAGCCUGUGUUUUGUAGGCAAGUUUAGCUUCUUCUUUUUUUUUUAAAAAAAAAGUUUGUAAAAUUAUUAGAUAAUAACAAAUAGAAGAAGCUUAUGAUUUUGUUUUUGAAUUUUUUAUUAAAAUAACAUUCAGGUAAUAAUUAUUAAAAAAUUUAUCUCACAUUUAAUAUUAUAUUUUUAACUAUAUUUAAAUUUAAUAUCUCUUCGUUCAAUUUUAAUAUUAUAUUAAUAUAAUAUGACAUUUAUUUUAGUCAUUUAAUGUAUUUUAGCUAGUUUUAUUAAAUAGUUUUUAUUCAAUAACUAUUUGUAAAGAUAUAUUGCUAACAUUUAUCAGGUUAUGUAAGAUACUUGCCGAGUAUGGUUAACAACGAUAUUCUUGAUCCUUUUGCUUGUUUGGUACGAUAUUAAUUGAAAUAUUUUUUAAUUUAUGGGCUGAACUGAGAUGAUAGUAAAAGUGUAACAUGAAUUGUACCUCAAUUAAGUAUUUAUUUAAUAAUUUUUUAUUAAAUAAAAAAUUAUAACAAAGUCAAUUAAAAAAAUUAUUAGAAUAAAUUGAUGAAAAUUUAUUUUAAUAAAUUAUUUGGAAAAUAGUUAAAAAAUAACAGAUCACUGUAUUUGAAAAGGAGAGGCAUAGCUUUCAACUAAAAAGCUCAAAAAACUGCAAUAGAGUAAGGAUUUAAAAAUAUAUUUUAAGGCAAGUUUUAUCUAUAAAUAUUAAAAGAAAGUUGUUAUUCAUUUAACACACUGUUUGUGUCUCUCUCUCUCUUUUGACGACAUCUUAUUAUGUGGUGUAUGUAAUUAACAGUAAAAGUAGUCUAUAAACAAACAACUGAUGCAACGGAUAGAGGGUAGCUGUAAGUGUUGGCAUAUUCAAAUUGGAUGGUUCUUCCUGGGCCAAGGGGUUGCCCAUCGUUGACAAGGCAAUCAUCGUAUUUGAGUCUACGAAACACUUUGGGGUUUAUCACACGUGCUGAGCUGAACAUUCCACAGUGAAGGUGUAUUUGUCCUAUGUUGCAAUCGCUGGGGCACAGGUUCGAGAUUUCAACGGCGGACGAAGGAAUACCACUCGGAAGAGGAGGCACUUGCGCUUGAGAUACCCGAAUGUCGUUUCUUGAGCAUCCGCCAUCAAGGUUCUUGUCCCAAUCAUCUAUAACAACAUAGUUAGUUAAUAAUAUAUUAAGGGUUCUCAAUUCUCAUGCCAACAGAUUAGUGUUGCAGUAACUUACGAUGGGUGAUCACUGUUCUGUUGCCUUCGGGAAAAAACAUGUCUUCAAUGCCAAUGUCUCUUCCAGCUUCCACGUGAAUUACUGAAUCCCUCGCUGAAUUUCAAACAAUAUCGGUGCCUCAGUGCACAUAUAUCAAAGUCAAGAACAUAAUUGAAUGGAUUAAGAGGCGAGGAAGGAAUAGUCUCCAGCCAAUCUAUAAAAUUUGCAAUUAGCACACAGUAUGACAUAAAUGAUUUUAUGAGUGUAGCACCCGAGUAUUGUGCAUUCUUACGUGUGUGUAACGUUGCAAUCAUAAUGGUGCAAAGACAUGUGUCAAUAAAGUGAAAGGCGUUACCCAAAAGCACGGCUAAGACAAAGGCCACCGACACAAUGCAAAAGCUUUGAACUUUGGUCGUCAUUCUGAAAUGGUUUCAGUCUGCUCUCAAGUAGUAACCUGCAAAAGCCGAAGAAGAUAAAAGGAAUGCAAUGCAAGUUAAUUAAUGUAGAGGGAAAGAGGAGCUAGAAAGAAGUAAUAAGAAAGCGUUGGAAAAGUUUAGGAAGACGAGGGUCGAAGCUUCAGAGUUAAUGCAGAGGAAGAGAAGAUAAAAGAAUAAUAGGUACUUGACCCAACCUGCUAGUUCAAGGAUGUAUAUGCCUUGCACAGAACCUACUUCAAUUUAUAGCUCAAGCUCUACGCUCCCUGUUGCUAUAGAACUAGCAGCUGCCAUUGCAUUUGGAGCCGUCAUUGCAUCUUAUGCCGGUUAAAAUAAGCAAAAAGAAUAAAAAAAAAGGGGAAAAACAGGAGACUUCAAAACAAUUCAUUAUGCAUGAAUUAUAAAAGACAAAACUUUUACACUUUACCAACGGUUUUAGUAUUAUAUUAAAAUAUUAUUUUAUUUUAAUAUUUAAUGUAAUAAUGAUCCAUAU